GUCCCGGCGCGAGUCUGGUGUAAGUUUGAAACGGUUCGCGGCGUUGCCAUGGAUACCCGAGAGCAGGGGCAGCGUCUUGGAAGCGGAAGGGAGAGAUUGGUUUAGAUAUAUUAUAUAUAUACACGGGGCAUCGAAGACACAAGAAAACAAAGUAGCUUAAACUCAACAUGUACGGUAAAUAAUGUGUAAUUAAUGCUGCAUAUGAUGUAUUGGGUUUUAAUACGACCAGUCCGAAGAAGAAAUGAUUAAGAUACAGUAUUUACAAAAGUAUAUGCGGUUUCACUAAACUGGGUCCACACUUUUUCAAAAGUAAAUGAAGGCUCGGUGACACAACCGUCUGUCCAUACCAAAAUAACAAGGGGGGAUGAAGAUACCCAAAAGAGGCAGGCCUAUUGGACAGAAAGUGCUACCCUUUUCCUGUUCCUGAAGUUUGUCCUGUUUGUUGGCAGCCCUCUUCUGCUCCCGGGUGUUGAUGUGAAGAUGGCGACGUGUCUGUACGAGUGUCUGAGCGAGGCCGGCCUGCAGCGCUACUACCCUCAGUUCACAGCCCUGGGUGUGCGCCGGCCCCAGCAGCUCUCCCGGGUCACCAUGAGUGACUACCCGCGGCUGGGCGUGCAUGACAUGCAGGACCGCACCCGGCUCUUUGAGCUGGUGCAGAUUGUCAAGGCUCUCCAGGGUGACAUGAGUGGAGAGGGGCACGACCCUCACUCCCCCAGGCGGGCCACACUGACCAGGUCCACUCCCCGCCGGCAGCUGGACUUCACCGCCCUGCCCACGAGUGAGCCAGCCGAGCAAAGAGGGUGCCGUCCCUCCUCCUCCUCCGCCUACUGCAAGACAAGCAAACAAGAGGGCAGGGAGCGCUCGCCCAGGCACACGCUGGCAAGAGGGGAAUGGCACCACAACAGGGUGGCUGGCAGGGUGGAGGAGGCUUGGGCAGCAGAGGAGGAACAGGUACACCUUGAGAGAGUAGCAUGCUCCUCCACCUCAGGAUACAACUACGGAGUCCCGCACUCCACCACCAGGAAGACGAGCUGGGACCGGGGCCAGGCGGAGUCCGAUAGGAUCCGUGUGUGUGUGCGGAAGCGGCCGCUGGGAAUGCGAGAGGAGCGUCGAGGGGAGGCGGACGUGGUCAGCACCCGGGACAGCGGGACCGUUCUCAUCCAAGAGAAGAAGGAGGCUGUGGACCUCACCCAGUACAUCCUGCAGACUGUGUACUGCCCUGCACCACAGUCAUACAGUGCCUCUUAUUAUACAAAGAGAAGCACGUGCAAGUUCACUGUUUUGGAAUACCAUUUACCCCCUGUCUCCUUUCUUCAGCAUGUGUUUCAUUUUGAUGGCGUUUUUGACGAUGCGUGCUCCAAUCAGGAUGUGUAUAUGAAGACAGCCUAUCCCCUAAUCCAGCAUGUCUUCAAUGGGGGGAAGGCUACUUGCUUUGCAUAUGGACAGACAGGCGCUGGGAAGACGCACACCAUGAUCGGGACACGGCAGAACCCGGGGCUCUACGCUCUGGCUGCAAAGGACAUCUUCCUGCAGCUCGAGGCCCUGCAGCCCGGCCGCCACCUCCACGUCUACAUCAGCUUCUUCGAGAUCUACUGCGGCCAGCUCUACGACCUGCUGGACGGGAAGAAACGGCUGUUUGCCAGGGAAGAUGGGAACCAUGUGGUGCAGAUAGUGGGGCUGCGAGAGGAGAGGGUGGUAAGGGUGGACACGCUGCUGGAGGUGAUCUCGUGGGGCAGUAAGGAGCGCAGCACGGGAGCCAGCGGGGUGAACGCAGACUCCUCUCGCUCGCACGCCAUCAUCCAGGUACAGAUCAAGGACUCGGACGCCAGGGUGUACGGGAGGAUUUCUUUUAUUGAUCUGGCAGGCAGCGAGAGGGCAGCUGAUGCCAGGGACCCUGACAAACAGACCAAGAUGGAGGGAGCUGAAAUUAACCAGAGCCUGUUAGCUCUGAAGGAGUGUAUUCGAGCUCUGGACCAGGAACACGCCCAUACGCCAUUCAGACAGAGCAAACUGACCCAGGUACUGAAAGACUCAUUUAUUGGAAAUUCAAAGACCUGUAUGAUUGCUAACAUUUCACCCAGCCACAUAGCCACAGAACACACUCUUAACACUUUACGUUACGCAGACAGGGUUAAGGAGCUGAAGAGAGGAGUGAAACAUUCCCCAGGUCACCUUCACAAAGCAGGCAGGCCAGUGGGAAGCCCGUCUCCCAAACGCAACAAGAACUCCUGCCGGGAGAGGAACUCGCCUAAGAAAGUGAAGCUCUUGGGGGACAGAGGGGUGAAGCAGUCCGCUCAGCCACAGCCGAGACCCACCCAGGGUCUAUUCCAGCCGAGCAGCGUGCUCCUCUGCUCCACGCCAAAGGACGAGGCUGUCACUACCCGGGGGACCCAACGGACUGUGAAGGAGGCCUGGCUGGAGCAGACAACCCCUGUGAAGGGGACAUUGAGAGGCGGCAGAAGAAGGGAAGACGUGGCAGAACUAGGGUCCGGAGCACACGCUGUUAGAAGGACUGACUCUUCCGCAAAGAACAAAUAUUUUAUUAAAGGGCAUUACACGAAGGUCAAUGCGACAGCAGCUCAGAAAUUACAGGGAGUGCGACCGGUUUGGAAGGAAACUGUUACCAGAGAGAGAUCCGGGGACCAGAGAGGAUGGGGCCCCCAGCACUCGGAUAUCAGCUACGCAGAGAUGUACCUUGAGCAGAAGGAGCGGGAGCAGCACCUGAGAAUCUACCACCAGCAGCUGCAGCAGCUCCAGCCAUCGCCCAUACUGCAGCAGAAGCUGCCCUAUCAACCCCUGGAGAGCCUGCUAGCUCUCUACAGGGCAGAGGGGAUGGGAGCAGAGCAGAAGCAGCAUACAAACAGUAAGAGUUACCAGAGGCGUGGUCUGGGGGAGACAGUAGAAGAGAGGAGAAACAGCAGCAGCAGCCAGGGUUCUCUCACUCACGUCAGGGUUGGAGGUGCUGAGAGGAGCGGAGCUAGUGGUGGGGAUGGCCACAGUGACGGCAGUCAUGAUUCCUUCGUCUUACUUCCUAGCGCAAAGCCGACAACCCUCCGGAGCAAUGCUGACCACCUGGAGAAUGCAGAACAGUCCAAUAGCGGAGAUGAGCACGUAUUUGCAGGAAGAGAUCUUAGAUACCAGGAAGAUGGCUACAGGUUCGGAGAAAACUUCAACUACCAAGGAGAGUGUGAUCGAGAGCAAAGAUAUGCAGAAGAUUAUGAGUUCGGGCAGAGUGGGGAAAGGGAAGACAGUGACCUAGAUGAUCUGGCAUUCUAUGAGAGCUGGAAGCUGGAGAGAGAGCACUGGGAGGACCAGGCUAAAGACAGCCCCAUCCACGCCGAGUGGAACACAGAGGAAGAUUAUGCCAGCUACAGAUCGUGCAGCGACAACAGGGCAGAGAAACCCUACUGCCAAGAGGAGGAUCACAGCUUCCCAGAGGAGAAUCUCAACGACCUGUCGGCUGAUCAGAAGCAGAUCAACUCGUUCGUCAUCCAAGCUGGGCCAGAAGCGAGUGCAGUAGCCUCUCUGCCGUCUCUUCAGGAAACAGGCUCCAAUAUACCGCCAACCGGGACCGGCUUAGCCAAAUCAGAAAUGGGGAGUGUGAUGGGAGUUGUUGGAUCAGCAUCUGUAACAGGUAUGGACAAUAAACCUGAUUCCCAACCCUCGUCAGAGACAGAAGAUCUGCUUGAGAUGCACGAUUCUAAAGAUUCUUCUUCGGGGAUGAUGGCCCCCCUAACGAUAUCCCUCCUGGACAUUGAAAGGACGGCCGCUUCAGAUUCUGUUUUCCACUGCGGUCCCCUGACUCCCGACAGACUUCUCGCUCAGGGAGGGACAUCCACUCCAAAGAAUUCCAGGGAAGGGGACCCCGAGGGACUGGCUCGAGAUCCAGAAUCCUCUCUGGAGCCAUCCUCAAGGUCAGAGAGGAGCUGGAAGCCAGAAUCUGCAGCACCAGAGCAGCAGAGGGGACAGUUUUACCUGAAACCUGGCCUGGACACAACCAUUUCCUCUGUUAAUGGCUCUACCCAGGGUUUUGUGACCAUCGAUGAUACAUUUGGACUAGAAGUGGAACCGGAGGGACUGGGACAAGGCAUAGUCCUAGGGAACAAAGAGAAGCCCUCCCAAAACUUGAUCACUAGUACAGGCAGCUUCAGUAAGAGCCUACUCAGCACUCCAGAGGGCUCAAGCAGCAGGCACUACCAGCCCUGCGCAGGAGGCUGUGUAAGUGGCAGUGGUGAGACUAAAGAACAAGGAGAUGUCACAAACAACAGUAGCGGUCUCUACACUGCACCUCCAGAGAGCCACUACUGGAGGGCCCCAGAGAUGACUGUCCUCACUUUGCUGUCAACACUGCAGGACCAGGCUGAGCUACAGCUACAUAGCCCUGGCAGAGAAGAUCUGGGCAGAUCAAAGUUUGAUGCCUCAAAAAACGGCAGAGCUUCAGGGCCAGCACCUAAGGGUGAACAGGACUCGUUGGAGGAAACAGGAAGCAGUCCAGCAGCGGUGGAGCCAAGCAGGAGGGAGGUGCUUCAGAACACUUUCGCCCAGUUCAGUUACAUGGCCUGUGCAGAGCUGGACUCCACCUCUCCCAUUAGACCGGACCAGAGGUCUCGUCCCCAGAGCCCUGACGAGGAGACAGGCUGGCGGUGGCUCUCAGCACACACAGGAGCCAGGCACCCACAGCAGAUCACUGACCAGCAACUGGAAGCGCUGGGAAAGGCACAGAGGCUGGUUGUCCAGGCACACUGUGAAGAGAUGGAGGAGAUGGACACUCUGAGGCAGAGGGAGGAGGCUCUGCUGAGCCAGCUGCCAGGACUGGACUUCACAGACUAUGCUCUGAAGCUGGAGGAGAUCAUGGUGCAGAAAGCCAAGUGUAUGCGCAGCAUCCGGGCUCAGCUCCAACUCUACCUCACCUACCCGGGGGCUGGGGGCCCUUAGCCAGCCUGGGACCCUCCAGCUCUGUGUGAGUCCAGCUCACAGCCCCUGCACUGUGCAUCAGUGUGUCCACAUGUUUGGUGUUCUAAUCUAGCGUACGUACUGAACACCUUUUACAAACUAAAGUGUGUAUAAUCCGUCGUACAACUCGGUCGCUGCUCAGGAAGUUAGAUGUAGUUCAGUUAUAAAUAUUUCCCCUAUUAAUUUUUGUAUCUGAUAUGAUCAAUGUGUUAUGUAUUGUGUAUAUAUACUAUAGCGGAUAAACAUAGAAGUACAUUCAAGCAGUGGUAAACCUUGCAGCAUAGAAGCUUAUGAUUUAGUGCUGUUGCGAUGGUGUGAAAGCAAAACAUUUCAAUUCUGACUGCUUUUAUCCGACCCUGAGAAAUCCGGCUGGAAUACUGAAACCUGGGUUUGAUCCCUGUUUCACACAGUACACAGUGUUUCAGACUUUAAGACCAUGUCACCCUGAAGCCACUUUAAAAGAUUUAAACCAAAGCAAAUCUUUAAAUACACACUGUUUCAAAUCAGUUCAGCCGCACCUUUGCUGUGUGAAGUGCACUGAUCUUACAGAGCCCACUGUUAGAUUGGAACAAAGGAAGAUGCUGGCCCGGAGAUGAUUCUUAAGCCGUUGCUAAAAUAAUGUCACAAAUCCCCUGGUUUCUAAAAGAGAAAUCGACAGCUGCUUACAUUUUAAAGCACUGCUAGCAUCUACCUAACCUAUGUGUUUUUGUGACAAAAGUUAAGGUCACCAGGGCUACCUCAAGGUGUGACAAUCCAUGUUGUAAUGUAGUCACUUCAAAUGCCUUGGGUAAACUGGCACUGGCUAGAGCACAGAGGAAGGUGGGUAGUUCUAGUUCAAUCAGAUGAGAGUUAAUUAAGUGAGAACAAGGAGCAUCCAGCGUAUGAGUAGAUCAAAUCCGAGACAGUGCAGGUUUUAAGACUAGGGAGAGAGAUGUGUCAUAUAAUCAUGCAAUAACUGGUAUCUUGCUUAGAAGCAGCAGGAUACUUCAGCCAGCUUAUCACCACCAGGGGUCACUUUUGAGUGCAUUAUGCAGGUUGAGUUUUCAGCUUUUUGUGUCUGGUUUAUUACCUAGUUCUGUUUCUCCAAAGCUUUGCCCUGCUCUAAAACACCCCGCAUCCAACACCUGGGCUCUGUAGAGAAGUUAGAAACCUGUUUCGCUGUGUGCGCCACAUUUUCAAUCUUGUAAAGGUUUUAAUUAAUUGGCAUCUCAGCCCAUUGAAUUGAAAGGCAAGAGCGGGACGCAAACAAGGCAUUUUAAAGACAAACAAAAUCUUACCCUUCAAUUGAAGAGCUAGCUCUGUAGUUGAGUGGUAAAUAUUAUUAACUCAUCAGCUGCUAGGAGGAGAUGCAGUGCAAGAGUCAUCUCAGGCUGUACUUCAGCUUCCUAGUUUGGAUGUGUUUAAAAUGAAUGAAUACCCAUGGAGACCUACAGGACUAAAACAAUGUGCCUUCCUAUUUAUAAAUGCUUUGCAGUACAUCUAACUAUACUGUUAUGGAUAAGCACUGGGUUAUGUUUUGUAUUUAUUAUUAAAUAUGGAUUGUAUGAAAUAUUGACAGUACCAUAUGGAAUACUAAAAAUGAUUUAUGAAAAUAAUAAAACAAAAUGUACAUGUUGA